CAUGAAUAACAUCGAGACAGAGCAAAAUGUUUGGAAUAAAAGGUUAAACAAAUUACCAAAAAAAACCGUUUAUACUUUCACAAAUGGUAAUCAUUAUUAUUUUCAGUAUUGAUUCAUUUGUUGAUAAAUAAUUUAAUCUUUUGUUAUAUAAAAUGUCAAACAACAGGGAAAAGUGCUCACUGGAAUUUCCCAGAAAAAAUUCAGUAAAAUUUUAAAAAUGGUAUUGCUAUUUCUGACCAACAGUCUGACAAAUAAAAGCACCAAAUCCUCACAUUUGAAAAGCUGCUGAAGCAGAGAGUAUUAGCAGCGUUGCUUGAAUGACCAAAACAUUCUACCAUUCAAACAUUCAAACUAAUUGUUUGAGUUAUAGUUGAAUUUUUUAUGGAUUAUCCAGAGUAACAUUGGAUACUAUUCUUACCUCUAUCAUAUUGUGGUGGAGGUAGUAAUCCCAUAGAUAGAUAUCUCAAAACUACCUGCAUGAUUAGACACUGAGUUAAGCUUUUUUUUUUUUGUAAUUUGGGCGAACUGACUGUUUAACAUUAGGCCAGGAAGGAGCACAUGUAAAGCAGACAGCUAUGUCUCCUUCAUCAAACCUACCACUGCAUUCCUCCAGUUGUGCCAUGUCUUUUAUGUGUGAUAGCAAGAAGGUUUUUUAAUGGCACCACGCAGGCUGGUAUGCAUCGCAUUCAGGCUUCUCAACCACAUUCUCGUUAACCUUGCAUUCUGCAGUGAGUGUGCAGUGGUUAUUGAGACGGCAAGCCUUUAGACACUUUGGUUACAGCUGGGAGGGGAAACCACACAUAAUUAUAGUGUAAUGGCAAUGCUGUUGUUGUUCUUUAUAGGCUUUCUCUGAUAAUAUGCAUAGUGUGUUGUUCCAGUGUCGCAUCCAAAUACAAUAGCGCUUACAUAUAUAGUGAUCGUAUGAUUGCAGUGUUACCAUGGCUGGUGAAUACCAGCACAACAUAUAAGCAGGAGAUGCUGACUUGAAAUCUGGCCAGUGACGGUUAGAUGGUUUGAUUGGAUUUAAGGAAAUCAAAUCUUGCAUUGUUCUUUCCCUGUAGUCCGUCUUUCCCCCAAAUUAAGUUAUAUUUUGAGAGUUAUUUUGGUGAAAGAUGCGGAAAUUUAUUUUGGUUAAAGUUAGGACAUUUUAAUUCAGUUAAGGUUUGAGUGAGUUUUAUGUUAUAGUUAUUGUUAAUUGUUAAUAUAAUAAAGGCUUAUUUUUGUACUUGUUCCAUGGAUAAUUUGUUAUGAGGAUGCACAGUAUUUACAUAAGUCUGGUCAAUUUUGGACAUAAACCAAUCUUAUCAAUGUCCCUUCUCUCUUUGUCCACAUAUUAACUGUUUGACACUAAACAACAGCAUAAAGGUAAAGCUGAUAUAAAAAGGUGUUAAGAUACACAGGAGAUACUUAUAUGGCAGUACUUUACAACUGUCUAAAAUGUCCUCAUUAAAUGUGUCACAUAUCACAUACAAUGGUUAAAUAUCCUGAGCUGUUAUUGUGAUGAAAAGCUGAUCCCUUUUACUUCAGAGACAGCUGUUGCUUUGGUACAGUCACAUCCCAACAGCAUCGUGCAAGCAACUGUCAGAGGUGUGCAGUUGAUUAAAAUUUUACCCAGGGGAUUAUUGAGUUGGUAUACCAAGUACUUAUGAGGUCAAGCGAGCAAGAGCUUAGCUCAAUAAUCUUUAAUUCCCUCUCUGAUGGGCUUUUCUUGGCACUUUCUACACAUGACAGCGCUCCUGUUAUUUUAGCACCUCUGGAAAUUACCAUGAAAAGCUUCUCUUUGAAGCCUGUUCAAUUUUUAAAUAAAUAAUUAUGAAAAACAUUAAAACUGUAUAAACCUGUUAAUAACUUUAUUAACAUUAAGGUGGAACCAAAUGCAGCAAUCUUUUAAAAUUAGUUUCAUAACAGAGGCAGCAAAUUCUACACUUCACUCGGAGAGAGGCGCCACUGUGUGUUGUUGUCAUCUUGUGACAGUGUGAAGAAUUCAAUUAUGAAAAGGUAUUUUUGCCUGCUAAAUUUUGCAGCCAGUUGCUCAGCCAGACAGCAUGAAUUCCACCAGUAACUCAAUCAAACAUUGAACCAAACUUCUAACAUGCUCAGUUAGUAGACAGCCAUACAGAUAACAUGUUCAUCAGUUAGUACUGCUUAAAGUUGUUCUUUCAGGCCGCGGCAGUUAGAACGUUAGAGUUCUAACUGCUUAGUUUGACCUCCUUUCCAGCUCGUCUGAAGGAGAUCGAGGGGAGGACUUAAGCAGGAGGGAAAAUAAAUGUCCUGCUGGGGAGGCCAGCCAACAUUCCUACAUCACUUCCUCUUCUCACAUCUGGCAAUGAUCAGGGCAAGCAGAGAGAAAGAGAGGAUGCAUCUUACUGGCUGGCUUAGUGUUCAUUUCCAGGCGCGGACAGUGAGGCAUCACAUUGCAAGACCGCCCACUCAACCUCAUUCCCCCUACUAGCAAAACAAAAUGAAGCAAGAUAGAUUCAUUCGACUCAGUGUAUCUCUACCAAUGUUUACACUUUACCCGUGACUCGACUGUGUUCCUUUAUUGCUUUCAUACAGCUUUUUAUAUCAUGAUGCAAAGAAUCACAUUUUAUUGCCUGCUUCUGAUGGCCUAGCUGUGUUGUGUUGUCUGCAGUCUAUCAGCAGUGAGCUACCUGGACCAGAGGUGUGUACCAGAGGCAGCAGCAGGUUACAAAGAUGAGUGUGACCUCCUGGUUCCUGGUGAGCAGUGGGGGGACUCGCCACAGACUCCCCCGGGAAAUGAUCUUUGUCGGCCGGGAUGACUGCGAGCUCAUGCUUCAGUCCCGCAGCGUGGAUAAGCAGCAUGCAGUCAUCAACUACGAGGCUGGGACUGACGAACACAAGGUCAAGGACCUGGGCAGCCUGAAUGGGACCUUUGUAAAUGAUGUCCGCAUCCAGGAGCAGAUGUACAUCACUCUGAAGUUGGAAGACAAGCUGAGAUUUGGAUAUGAUACCAACCUGUUCACGGUGGUGAGAGGAGAGCUCACAGUGCCUGAGGAGGCUCUAAAGCAUGAAAAGUUCACCAGCGGCCUCCAGCUCAGCAAGAAGCCAUCCAACGGUGAAACCACUACCACCACAACCACAAGCAAGUCUCCCGCUAAGACCCCAACAAAGACACUGAAAUGCCCAAGUGGCAGCACACUUAGGCCAGCGGAGAGUAGAGCAACAGACGGGGUCCCUUCCUCCAAAGAGCACCAAGCUAAACCUGUGGACACUCAAAAAGCAGAUGAGAGGAUAGGAGGGGAUGUUACAGCGCUGCCUCGUGGGACCCCCCUGUAUGGCCAGCCGUCUUGGUGGGGGGAUGGGGAUGCAGAUGAUGAGAACUCCUUCAAACAGGAAACCAAGUCAUCCAACAAAAAACAUGACAGCUCCAUUUCAGACAGCAAAGAGGCACGUAGAGGGGAGAAAGCUAAAGAGGACGGCCUUCAUGCAUCUGCUGCCCACGAUUCCAGUUACUUUGAAAUCCCUACCAAGGAGGGUCACAUGGCCAGUAACGGCAUCCAUGAGAUUCCCACCAAGGACACAGAGGGCAGUGCUUCUCAUACUACAGCUCAAGGUCACGCCUCCUUCACUAUAGAGUUUGACAAUACCUCUCCUGGGAAAGUCACCAUUAAAGACCAUGUGUCAAAGUUCACACCCGACCACCACAGAUCUCGCUCCAAGAAGAGUGGCGCAGGAAGUGGAGGAGCAGGAGGGAGGGAUUUGAGCACACUGCAAGCCGCUAUGAUGGCAUCGGAGAGCAAGGUGGCCGAUUGGCUGGCCCAGAACGACCCCACUCUGGUGCGCAGCGAGUCAACGGAGGACGACAGCAAGAGCAUCAAGAGCGACGUGCCGGUCCAUCUCAAAAGGCUAAAAGGCAGCAAGCAUGAGGAUGGCACCCAGAGUGACUCAGAGAAUGGACUGGGCCUGCGUUUCGCCAACCGCCGUCAUGCCCUCGAGGAACGCCUAAAAGCAGCACACGGCCACGUGGGAGGAGGAGCAGGAGGGGGGAGCAUAACAGUGAGCGGGACCAGAGCAACUGGCCCCCGCACUGCUUUCAUGAUCGAGUUCUACGAUGAGGAAAACCCUCGCAAGCGCCGGUCGUAUUCAUUUUCCCAGACUGCACCCCUGCAGGGUGUAGGAGCUGGUGGGGAGGGACUGUGUCCCCAGCCUCCAUCUCACCCCAAGGUGUUUAGCAUUUCCACCUCUGCUACUACAGCCUCAGACUCAGGUAAGGUCCCAGCUCCGAUACCGGCUACAGUUACUGCAGGUGCCCCUACAGCGGCUCGCGUUCUUCUCAAGCAGAGGUCAGAGGAUCCGAGUAUCGGCCGCAGUUCAGCCAGUACCGGGCUGGCAACAGGUAGCCCUACCAGCCCCAGCGAGGACGCCUCAGUUGUUGGAAGAGGAGCGGGAACUGCUGCAGGAGAGGCAGAGGACGACCACAGUGAUAAGGGGACCUACACUAUUGAACUGGAGAACAGAAACCCUGAAGAAGAGGAGGCCAGGCGCAUGAUAGACAAGGUGUUUGGUGUGCAGCAGAACCAGGACUCUUCUUUUCUGUCAGACCUGAAAGAAGGAAAAGGAAAGGAAACAGGAGAGACAGGGAAAGAGGCUGACUCGAGCUGGGUUUCUCAGUGGGCCAGUCUUGCUGCCAAUCACACCAGGACAGACCCAGAGGGCUCAGGAGCAGAAACAGCCACCUUCCUGCACAAAGAGAGAGCUGAUGCCUUUGAGUCUGGCUCGUCCCUCAGCAGAGGUGAAUCCUCCUCCAGUUUGACCGACCGUAAGCGCAGGACCCUCCCCCAGCUCCCAGUGGAUGACCCCCGUGCCAAAUCCAGCACCAAAGCUCUGGGACUGAGGUCAGAAAUUGGGGAGAAACAGGACACUGAACCCCAGGAAAAAGAGAACAAGGGAGACGGGGAGUCCCCAACUCCCGCUGGAGACGUUGAGAUGACCAGUAAACGUAAACAAAGCUCCACAUCUUCUCCAUCCAAGGCUCCUCUCCGGACCUCUGGCAGCACUGAGCGGAGGAAGAGGUCAGAGGAGAGGAAAGGAGGUGGUGGGGCAGGAGAAGGCGGGGAGAAGUCUGGGAAGCCACUAGUGCGCCAGGGCAGCUUCACAAUUGAGAAGCCCAGCGCUAAUGUCCCUGCAGAGCUCAUCCCACGCAUCAACAGAGGCAGCAAUGGACGUGAACGCAGUGACUCUGUGGGCAGCAUGGAUACUGCUACGCUCUUGAAGGACACGGAAGCUGUCAUGGCGUUCCUGGAGGCAAAACUAAGAGAUGAAAACAAAUUGGACCAGAAAAGCAGUAAAUCUGGCAUCACAUCUCAGGGUUCAGGCUCAGGCUUCCCCUCUCGGACUGACUCCAUCUCUCCUGAGUCAGAUGUGGACACGGCCAGUACAGCCAGUCAUGUGGCUGGAGAGGUAGAGAGGAAAGCAUCAGCUAGUAGCGAGCAAAAACGACGUUCCCUCAGCAGCUUGCACCGGGAGAAGAGUAACAUCAGCACAGCUUCCAAGACCAGCGUCACUAACGCAAGCGCCCGUGAACGCUUGGAGAGGAAAUCUAAAACAAGAACUGCAGAGGCGACGAGUCGGACGGAUGCACGCCGCUCUGUUCAGCCGUCCUCUGCCUCCUCCAGAGCACGCCAGCCUUCUCUGGAUCUCACCGAUGAUGACCAGACUUCUUCCUUCCCCAUCUCUGACAUCCUCUCCUCGGACCAGGAGACCUACUCUGGACCUUUGGGGCAUUCCAAACUCGAUAGCAGGUCUGCUAAAACCUCCACCAGUGGAUCCUCCAAAACCAGCCGUACUCUUCAGGCAGCCACAACCUCCUCCCUGAACAAGCAGGCCUCACUGCCUCAGCCGCGACCCACAAGAGCCUCUCUUCUCCGCCGCGCCCGGCUGGGGGAUACGUCUGACACGGAUCUAGCUGACGCAGACAGGGUGUCUGUCGCUUCUGAGGUGUCCACCACCAGCUCCACCUCUAAGCCGCCAUCUGGUCGGAAGGGACUGUCACGACUGGACCUGCUUGCUCAGCCACGUCGGAACCGCCUGGGCUCCAUCUCAGCCCGCAGUGACUCAGAGUGUACAAUGACACGGAGCUCCACCUCUUCAUCCCGCCUGUCAGCUGAAACUGCUCUGCGUCUAGGCUUGCGCUCAUCAACACCAACAGAGAACCGGUUGACACCCAGGAUGAGGGCCAACAGCGUGUCCAAACUGAAUGAGACCAAGACUAAGACCACUACAUCUGGAUACUGCUCGCCCACAGAGAGCUCUCAGCCCGAACCUGAGGGCGGGGAUGCAGAGGAAGAGCUGAUGGUGUCCAGUAGCAGCAGGUGGAGACGUCUGCCGCCAGAGUAUGGCUCCACUUCAGAGGAAGAGUUUGGCUCCAACCGGAAUUCUCCAAAGCAUGGAGGACGCUCCCACAUGCGGCCUCAUCAUCUCGUCCCACACCGCAGCUCGAGACUCAGCACCACCGCGAGCCCAGGCUCUGGCGUGGUGACAGGUCCGGGUGGAGUGGGGGUCAAACACCGCAUGAAAGAGCAAGAGGAGUAUAUCAGGGACUGGACAGCACACAGCGAGGAAAUAGCCAGGUUAUUCCCAUGUGUGCGCAGGAUCAGCCAGGACCUGGCUAAGGACUUGGCCAUCUUGGCUCGUGAGAUCCACGAUGUGGCUGGUGAGAUUGACUCAGUCAGCUCAUCCGGCACGGCACCCAGCACCACCGUCAGCACUGCCGCCACCACCCCGGGAUCAGCCAUCGACACCCGGGAAGAGGUAGGCCCUGCACGUCCCACGCAGCCGGAUAUACAGGAGAGCAUGAGAAAGUUGGUGGACAGGGUGUUUGAUGAGAGCCUAAACUUCAGGAAGAUCCCACCUGUGAUUUCAACCAAUAAGGCACCAGAGAUCAACGGUAAACCGGUGGAGCUCCGCCCCCGUGCUCCUGACAGUCUGGAGCCCCGAGCUCUGAGGAGACGCACCUGGAACCGAGAGGAGGCGGUGUUGGACAGCCUGCUGCUCAAUUCAGUUUCUCAGCUGUCAACCAAGAUCAGAAACUCUGUUGACAAAACAGCAGGAAAAAUCAGGAUAUUGUUUAAGGAUAAGGACAGGAACUGGGAUGAAAUUGAGAAUAAGCUGCGAUCGGAGAGUGACAUACCACUCCUGAAAACCUCCAACAAGGAGAUCUCCUCAAUUCUGCUCGAACUGAAGAGAGUUGAGAAGCAGCUUCAAGUGAUCAAUGUGAUGGUAGACCCAGAUGGGACUCUGGACGCCCUUGCCAGCCUCGGUCUAACUAGCCCCACCACCCCUACCAAGCCCCAAACAGCCAAAACAACGUCCCCCUCUGCCACCAGCCCUGGGUCUGCGCCCCCAGCCAAAGAAUCCCUGCCGGAGAUCCUUCCUGGGCCCGGAGGAUCAACAGCCCGGGUUCAGACUUCCUCUGCCAGCACAGAGGAGACUGCACGAGACCCCAGCGCGGGUCUGGGUUUAACAGGAGUCGGAGGAUUGCCCUUCAACCGUAGGCGGCCAAGCGGAGAAGAGGCCAUCGCACAGAAGUGAACAGAAAGUGUCCCUCAAAUCAACGUUAUGUGAAUAAACACGAGUCUGGAUUGGAGUGCAGGUGGCUGGUGAUCUGUGUUCACAGCAAUGAACCAGGUGUGGAAACAUUUAAACACCUUUUCUCACAGUACAGUUGCCAUUCUACUGACUAUACCAGUAGAGGAUUAUGGGUAUAAUAUAAACAUAAUUUAGCUUAAGUGUUACCAGAGAUGAAGGCCGGGAAUGAAGUGCUUCAACUGACCUUUAGACCCCAUCUGAUGCAUCGUGGAUCUGCCCAUGAAGGAUCUGGAUAGAGGCAUAUUAUGAGCUGCUCAUGCUUACUGGCCAACCUGACUUUCUUCUAUCUCAGUGGACAGAUCGCUGUGGUUGUACAGACUCCACUCUCCUCCAGUAUUCUCCUCUUGCCUUCUCCAUGUGUCUGGACCCUACCUACACUAAGGACAUGCCUUAAAAAACACAUCCUCGAUAGUAGCAGCCCGUUCCCUCGAAUAAUAUACAACUUUUAAGACUUUAUUACAGUACUUUCAGACCAACAGAAUGCAUUGUAAAAUAACACUUGCAAAAUAUGUUCUAUUUACACUAUGAGGAAAUACAGUACACUGCAAUGAUUUACUAGCUCUUGUUCAGUAUAAGAAUAUUUCAGCAGCCUUAAGUAACCACCCUGAUAAACCACAGUCAUACAGCUGGCUUCACAUCUGCAACAGUUCACAAAUCAAGCAGAAUUGCAGAUGUUUUAGAUACUUCACAACUUUAACCGUCCAUUGAUGCAUCUCUCAAAUUGACUCUGCUGAAAGGGAUUUGUAGUGCCUCCCUCACCAUCUCUGUGCUCACCUAUCUCUCCUCCACCCAUUAUGUUUUACUCUCCCCUUCCCUUCUCUCCCAAUAGUCGAAAAAGUGUUGCACAAAGUUUGUCACUUCAGUAGCAUGUACAGGGCCGAGCUGAGAGCUUUCUUCCUGCAAGUUGGUGUCUGUGUUGAUCUUACUAAUACUGAAUGGUAGUUUUACACAAUAGUAACAGCCUUUGGGAAACCAAUGAUCAUUUUCAAAAUAAUCACUUACCAAAGUUAAACAAGUUUAUUGACCAUGUCAUUUUAUAACAGUUGAGCCAUCUAGAAAUUCAUCGGUUGUGCAAAAGCCUGAGAAUCACUCUUUCAAAUAUGGCAGUUCAUCUCAUGUGUCUCUCCUUCCUCUCUGAAUGUCAAGACCAUUUUUCUGUCAACAAAUCAAAGAAUGAAAAAGCUUAUUUAUUAUAAGGAAACACUAGUUUAAUCAUUGCUGCCAUAUCUGUUUGGCCCAUGUGACAUGACUUGUGAGAUCAGUGCCCUUAGCUUCAUCCACUCAAGUGUCCUAUGAUUUCCAUUUGGCUUUUUUCUACUUUUUCCAGCCACGGGUGAUGUGACUUAUUUUUAAACUUCGCAAUGAUGAGCAAAGUAAAAGAACUGUUUAAACUAAAUAUUUUAUAAUAUUUAGAUACUGGUAUUGUAGAUAUUGUAGACCUAAUGCUUUGCAUCACCUCACAAUACAUUUCAUUUUCUUUGUCACUAAUGAGUUUGAGCUCGAGUAUGCACAAAACCUGAACAUGGAAAAGAUUUAAUUAAUGUCUGAACAUGGGCAACUUACAAGGAGGCAAAAUGUUUCUUUGAGGAACAUCAGUGACAAUACUGUAAGCUCCCCAUUUAUUUUAUGAAUUUUGCUUGUAAAAAGGCGUCAUAUCAGUGUAUAUAGUUUUGCAUUGUUCCACUAAGGGGGGGGGUUCCAGUGUACUGAAACUACAAUUUCAGAGACAGUAUAGUUAACCUCUUUCUCAUUGACUUUGCUGCUUUUCUAGUUACUUUAUGGGGACUAACCAUUUUCUGAAUCUCUCUUCAGCUUGUAGUCUGUGUUCUAGAGUAAGAUGACAAGGCAGUAUAUUAGUACUUAGAUACUCUUGCAAUAGUGAAUUUAGGUACCAGAAUACAUGUUCAUUUCCUUCUCUCUAUACUGUACUGUACAAUGUUUUUCAAUGCCUCAAAGUGCCCAUUUUGACUAUAGGAGGGCAUUGAUUAAAAGAUGUAGUUGUCUAAAAGAUAUUUCUCUUAUUUUGCACAUCAGAUUGUGGUGUUUUUUCGUACAGAAGUAGUGAAGAAGCAGUGAAAGGCUGCAUCAAAUGUCAAAUGGUUGGACAAAGAAUGAUAUCACUUGGCCUGAUAUCAGAAGUGAAUGCCUUGCCUCUCUGGAACUAUUCUGUCUGUACAAAUAAGCCUCUAAUCAUGUUUUUUUCUCUCUCCCCAUGUUGUAUUAAAAAAAUGAAAUUAGGGGACUGUGAAUGCUAGGUACAUGUUUAUUUUUGAAAUUCUACAUGUGUCAUCUGAUCAGUGUUCUUUAUCAUUUUUUUCUUGUCAUUUUUGUAAAGAAAAAACACCAUUUUAUUUAUUUUUGUUUAAUAUUUUAUGGAUGUUUCAUGCAUUUUAUAUUUGUUCAACUACCUGCAUUGUUUCUUACUGUUAAUAAAAGAGAGCCAUUCA